AUCUUCAUUCUGGUUAUCGGCAUAACUGGCAGCGGCAAAACAACUUUUAUAUCAAAAGCCAGCCGGCAGAAUCUCGAGAUUGGCCAUGACCUUGCUUCUUGCACAUCGAGCAUGUCCAUUACAUCCUUCGUCCACCACUCCUCCAAAUGCACUGUCUAUCUCAUCGACUCGCCUGGUUUCAACGACUCGGAGCGCUCUGACAUCGACACCCUCUCUCACAUUGCCCACUACCUCUCUGCUCCCUAUGCGAAUAGGGUCUAUAUAUCAGGCAUUUUCCUCAUGCACCGAAUCGUCGAUAACCGUCUGCAGGGUUCAUCGAAACUGAACAUUGACAUGGUCAAGCAACUAGUGGGGAAAGACGCGUAUGAGAAUAUGGUUGUGGUGACGACUAUGUGGUCGUCUCCAGCCGCGGAUAUCGAGCAAGAACGCGAGAACGAGUUGAAGGGGGGCGUGUUUAAAGACAUUCUAGAUGGAGGGGGCUAUAUAGUGCGAUACCCGUCGGCAGAGCUGUCGGCUGCUAACGACAGAGUUGCGCCGCUCAGAGUGGUUGAUUGGGUCUGUGCGAGACCUGCGCCGACGGUACUGAGGAUACAGAGUGAACUAGUGGAUGAUGGUGCUGAGCUGUGCGAUACAGCUGCAGGGAGACUGAUUACAUCGCGCCAGCUAUGUGAUAUGCAGAAGGCGUUGAAGGACGCGCUGCAGUCAAUCAGAGAGAUAUCGCAGACAACGAGUUCUGAGUACCAGCAGCGCAGGGCUGAAAUGAAAGCUAUCCAAGACGAAUUCCAACGACGCGAGCAAACGCUACGAAAAAAAUCAUCAUUCUCUUGCCAGAAACCUGACGCAGAUGCAUCAAGACGAAAAAAAGCGGCUGGAGGAGAGAAUGAGUCGGAUGGAAGGGGACUGGAGGGCCCAGCUAGCGAAACAACAGCAGAGGCUUGGUAG